AUGGCUAUUGCCAUGGGCUGGCACAAGCCCGACAAUGUCGCUGGCUCAUCGAUGCCCGCCAUCAUGGUCGGCCUCUUUGUCGCUUCGGGUGGACUGCUCUUUGGCUAUGACACGGGGGCCAUCAACGGCAUCCUUGCCAUGCCCGAGUUCAAGGAACAAUUCUCCACAACCUGCCAGUCUGAAGGCAAACCCGAAAUCUGCCCCCGCCAACUCUCCACCAUUGUCGCCAUACUCAGCGCCGGCACCGCCGUCGGCGCCCUCCUCGCCGCCCCGGCCGGCGACUCUCUCGGCCGUCGAAUCACCCUCCUCCUCGCCGUCGGCGUCUUUUGCAUCGGCGCCAUCUGCCAGGUCUGCGCCGACGCCAUUCCCUUACUGCUAGUUGGAAGGUCCUUGGCCGGUGUCGGCGUUGGCGCCAUCUCGGUCCUCGUGCCUCUGUACCAGUCGGAAAUGGCUCCCAAGUGGAUUCGAGGCACCCUCGUCUGCGCGUACCAGCUCUCCAUCACCAUCGGGCUCUUGACGGCAUCCAUCGUCAACAUCAUUACCUCUCGCCUCACUGACUCGUCGGCCUACCGAAUCCCUCUCGGCCUCCAGCUCGUCCCCGCCCUCAUCCUCACCGCCGGCCUGCUCGUCCUGCCCGAGACGCCUCGCUUCCUCGUCAAGAAGGGCCGCAAGGAGGCGGCCGGCCUGUCGCUCAGUCGGCUGCGGCGUCUCGACAUAACGCAUCCCGCCCUCAUAGAGGAGCUGCACGAAAUCAUCGCCAACCACCAGUACGAGCUGACGCUGGGCCCUGACACGUACAAGGACAUCUUUGUCGGGUCUCCCCACCUCGGCCGGCGCACAUUCACCGGCUGCGGCCUGCAGAUGCUGCAGCAGCUCACAGGCAUCAACUUCAUCAUGUACUACAGCACCUACUUUUUCAGCGGCGUCAGCAUAUCGAGCCCGCACACAAAGUCCCUCGUCAUCAACGUCAUCAACGUCGUCUCCACCAUCCCCGGCCUUGUCGUCAUCGAGUCCUGGGGCCGGCGCCGGCUGCUCAUUGUCGGCGCCCUGGGCAUGGCCGCCUGCCAGCUGCUCAUGGCCUCGUUUACCACGGCCGCCGGGCGUGACCUCGCAGACGCGUCGCAAACGAUUCUCAUCGUGUUUUGCUCCUUUAACAUCUUCUUCUUCGCCGCCUCCUGGGGACCCGUCGUCUGGGUCGUCACAUCGGAAAUCUACCCGCUCAAGGUCCGCGCCAAGGCCAUGUCCCUCUCGACGGCCUCCAACUGGGUGCUCAACUUUGGCAUCGCCUACAGCACUCCGUUCAUGGUCGGCACGGGACCCGGGAAUGCGGGCUUUGGGCCCAAGAUCUUCUUCAUCUGGGGCGCCUUUUGCAUCGUCGCCGUCUUCUUUGUCUGGUGCAUGGUGUACGAAACGAGCAAAAUCAGCCUCGAACAGAUUGACGAAAUGUACGAGCGUGUCAGCCACGCAUGGAACAGCAAGUCGUUUGAGCCGAGCUGGAGCUUCCAGCAGAUCCUCGACGAGGGCUGGGCCCCGAGCGGCAUCCCGCCCCCCGAACACGAGCUGCAGGCGACGUCGACGCACUCGAGCACCGACACCACACUCGGCCACUCCAACUCGUCAUCCCUCACCAUCCAUAAUGGCGCCGAGCACCCACCGGCGCCCGCGCGAGACAAGUCGAUGCCAGCCAUGGCCAACGUCGAUUUCAGCUACUAG